GAUUCUUUCAAGGUGUGUUAUGUGUCUUAUUAAUAAGCUUCGGCAGUCCCCUCCGAAUCGUCACCGAACCUCCGGGAGCUCUCGUUCAAAACACGGCAUCCAAACCUUGCCUCAACUCUUGCUUGUACUAACUAAGCUAACUCUUGAACCCAACUUCAGACAACUCAACAUCUCCAUUUAAACUACAGACACCAAUCCACAAUGUCUUCCGAUCAGCAGAUUGUCUUCACCAAGAACGCCCCCGCGGCGCUUGGCCCCUACUCUCAAGCCAUCAAGACCCCCCACAUGAUCUACUGCUCUGGUCAGAUCCCUCUCACCCCUGAGGGCGAGCUUGUUCAGGGCAUCACUGAGCAGACCCGUCAAGCUUGCAAGAACGUCCAGGCUGUCGUCGAGGAGGCCGGUUCAUCCCUCUCCAAGGUCGUCAAGACCACUGUCUUCAUUUCUGACAUGUCCUACUUUGCUGAGAUCAACACAGAGUACGAGAAGUGGUUCUCUCACAAGCCAGCCCGUAGCUGUGUCGCUGUCAAGACUCUCCCCAAGAACGUCGAUGUCGAGGUUGAGGUUAUUGCUCUUCCUUAAAUGUCUGGAAUGAACAAACGAAAUGAAUGGUGAUCAUAUAGCACUCAAUAAAAGAAGUUAUUUCGAUCAGUAAC